GAGCCUCAAAAUUUGAUCCACCCGUACGGAAUUCCCCAAUAUUUUUGGCAAGGCCGGCAACACUAAAAAGAUGGGGAAAAUGCUUUGUCUCGGAUCGAACCAACCGGUAGGGUUUGAGUUUUAAAAAUUGUGGGAAUGUCUCGUCUCCGUUCUGCUGAGAGCCUGAGAUGGGCGGCGCUCCUCCAAAUUUCCGUGACUAAACCCUCUCGCCUCCACUGAACUCAUGUAUGAUAUAUAUAUAUUUAUACACAUGUACUCUAUUCUUGAUUAAGCCAGAGUUGUUCAAAAAUGGCAUUCAAAUCACAAAUUCGCAUCAUUUUUGCCUUGCGGAGCUCGACUCGUGCCUGUUACUCAGCCAAACCUCUCUGCACCAUAACCGGAUCGACCCAGGUCUCUGAAUCCCCCGACCUUCCGAACUGGGUAAAGUUCUUCGAUACUAAAAGCUCUUCACAUUCAGACUCUGAAGACGAUGUCUUUGUUAUUCCUCCAUUGGCGCAUUGGCUCGAAGACAACAGUAGAGUUGUCAAGCAGAAACUCCGCGAGACGAGCGAUGACGAAGUGGACAAAGUAAGUAUGAUGCUUAAGAAUCAACACCCAUCACCGGAAAACGUUGCAGAAGCUUUGAAAGGAAAGACUUACAGGGUUUCGAACACUUUCGUUGCACAGCUACUGAAGAGAUUUGGGAAUGAUUGGAUCCCAGCUUAUGGGAUUUUCAAGUGGGCGAAAGACCAAACGCCUUAUUGUCAUUCACCCGAAUCAUAUAACUCCAUGGUUGAUAUCUUGGGGAGGGCUAAAAAGUUUAAACUGAUGUGGGAGUUGGUGGAUGAGAUGAAUCUUUUAACUGGGUAUGUGAGUUUGGAGACGAUGAGUAAGGUUAUGAGGAGGCUUGCGAGGGCUGGUAGGUAUCAGGAGGCAAUUGAGGCAUUCCGGAGGAUAGAGAAAUAUGGAGUCAGUACAGACACAACAGCCAUGAACGUGUUGAUGGAUGCAUUAGUCAAGGCAGGCAGUGUUGAAGAUGCACACAAUGUGUUUGAAGAGUUGAAGGGUUCAAUAGCUUUCAAUUUGACCUCUUUCAAUGUUCUAAUACAUGGGUACUGCAAAGCUAAGAAGCUAGAUGAGGCAUGGAAGAUUAUGGAGGAAGUUGAGAAAAAUGGACUUGAACCUGAUGUCAUUUCCUACACUGCUUUCAUCGAAGCUCAUUGCCGAGACAAGGACUUCCGGAAUGUGGAUAAGAUUCUGAUGCAAAUGGAACAAAAGGGCUGCAGGCCUAAUGCAGUAACUUUCACCAUUAUAAUGCAUGCUCUAGGGAGGGCAAAACAGAUAAAUGAAGCUCUAAAAAUAUACGACAAGAUGAAGAAAGAGGGUUGUGUGCCUGAUAGUUCAUUCUACAGCUCCCUGAUAUUCAUUCUUGGUAAAGCUGGUAGGCUCACAGAUGUUAAUGAGAUAGUAGAGGACAUGACAAAGCAGGGGGUUAAUCCAGAUGUGUUGACAUAUAACACUAUGAUAUCUUGUGCUUGUGCGAAUUUGCAGGAAGAGACAGCUCUAAGAUUGCUACGGAAAAUGGGGGAGGUUUCGUGCAAGCCAGAUCUCAAGACUUACCACCCUUUAUUGAAGAUCUUCUGUAAAAAGAAGAGAAUGAAGGUGCUUAAGUUUUUGUUAGAUCAUAUGUUCAAGAAUGAUGUAAGUAUUGAAGCUGGGACUUACUCGAUUUUGGUGCGUGGGAUGUGCGAGAACGGGAAACUCCAUCUUUCUUGUUCGUUCUUCGGGGAAAUGGUGUCCAAGGGGAUGGUUCCUAAAGACUCCACAUUCAAGAUGUUGAAGGAAGAACUUGAGAAGAAAAGUAUGUUAGAAGAAAUGAAAAUCAUUGAGAAGUUGAUGUCGUAUGCAACAAAUCAAGAUAGUUAAAGAAUGAUAUUCAUACUAGAGCAACCAGCUGUCUAAAGUUUGUGUUUAUUCGAGCAAUAUCUUCAAAAUAGGGGCUCUUACCUUGGAAAAUCGUACAGUUGAGAUGUUUUAUCUAUUUACAGUGUUUUUAGAGAAGGGACUAAUGCAUACAAGCGAUGAUUAACAAUGACUUGCAAAAACACAAAUUUAAAUACAAACAUAUAUACUCACCAUUUAUACUCGAAUGGUGUAACAGGUUGAAAUCAACAUUAUAUAGACCAUUUUAGGAUAUCAUGAAUAUAAUAUACAAUCAUGUAGUAUAAAAAUGAAUUCAUAAUUAUACAAGAUCGUUUAUAACUUUAAAAUGAUCAUCUCGCCAGUCACUAUGAAUGGGCGUGACAAUCAAUGUUCACGAACUGAAGAUAAUGAAAUACUGUUAGGAAGGAGUAUACAAAAAUGUUCCUUUUUAUUUAUCUGCAAUGGAGCUUAACUAAUGGUAAAAAGUUUCCCUCAUGUAACCAGAUUUACCGGAAAGAUUUAUAGAGUAACUAAAUAAGAUAACCUAUGUCUAAUUGGAAGGGUCAAAAUGUAGAAAGGAGCAGCCUUUUUGCUUGAAGAAGCUCUUUUCAAUGUAAAUACAUUUAGUGGGAUAAAGAAACCGUUCGAACUUCUCAGC